CUUGUCGGGGCCGGAGAUGGAUGCUGCCUGCUGCAGCUCGUGAGGUUCUGUUGAGCUGACGCUUGUUGUUCCUGCCCCAGCUCGUGCUGCCAUUUCCAGACGGUCAUCUCCGACUAGCCGUUCGCGAUCACCGUCUCGUGCUUGACGGUGCGGCGAACACAGAUCCCCGCCGCUUUGGGUUCCUUCAACAAACGCGACCAUAAAAAGGACGGACACUGUCAUCCAGCGAUACCCACCGUAGACCGUCUCUGUCUCCCGGAGUAGCCGGGGAGAGGGGGUCCAGCGCCAGCCGCAGCAUGAGCAUGGACCCCCUGGCCAAGCCCUGCCCGUCCCAGGCGGAGCACACCCCCGGGACCUUCAGCGGCCGGCUGACGGCGCUGGAAGCAGCCGGGGAGGACAGCGAGUCCGGCUGCGGCGAAGAGGAGGCCAUGGGGGGCAGCGAUACGUUCACUAGCCUCGUCGAGAUGGAGGUGGAGACGCUGGAGGAGAAAUUAAAGGGUCUGGCUUUUAGGAAACAGACUUCGUAUAGGAAAGCCAUCUCGCGGUCGGGUCUCCAGCACUUGGCCCCGGUCCACAAACCCAUGCCCCCCAUCACUAACGGACCGUCCAAGGAGAUACGCACGUCCGUUGACUGGACAGAGACUGCUGUGAACGGAGACCACCUGUGGCUGGAGACCAGUUGUUCUGGAGAGCUGUGCUACCUUGGAGAAGACACCUGUGUACUGAAGACUGCAAAGUCUGCCCCCAGGAGGAAGUGCGGAGCGUGUAAGAUCGUAGUCCACACCGCCUGCAUCGAGCAGCUCGACAAGAUUAACUUCCGCUGUAAACCAACGUUUAGAGAAGGAGGCUCUCGCUGCCUCAGAGAUAAUAUGUUGAGGCAUCACUGGGUGCACCGGCGCCGCCAAGAGGGGAAAUGCAGACAGUGUGGGAAGAGCUUCCAGCAGAAGUUCUUCCACAGUAAAGAGAUUGUGGCCAUCAGCUGCUCCUGGUGCAAACAAGCUUUCCAUAACAAGGUGACGUGUUUCCAGCUACAUCAGAUUGAGGAGCCCUGUUCACUGGGGGCUCACGCCGGGGUCAUCGUCCCCCCCUCCUGGAUCAUCAAAGUCAGGAAGCCACAGAGCUCAUUCAAAAACUCUACAAGGAGGAAAAAACGCACAUCAUUCAAAAGAAGGACCAGUAAGAGAGGAACUGACGAGUCAAAGUGGCGCCCGUUCAUGCUGAAGCCCCUUCCCUCCCCUCUGAUGAAACCUGUUCUAGUCUUUGUCAACCCCAAGAGUGGAGGCAACCAGGGUACUAAGGUGUUACAGAUGUUUAUGUGGAUCCUGAACCCUCGCCAGGUGUUUGAUCUCUCCCAGGGAGGGCUCAGAGAGGCGUUGGAGUUGUACAGGAAAGUGCCAAACCUGCGUAUCCUGGCCUGUGGAGGAGACGGGACGGUGGGGUGGAUCCUGUCUGCUCUGGAUGAGUUAGGAAUGACCCCCCAUCCGCCUGUAGCUGUACUUCCUCUGGGGACAGGAAAUGACCUCGCCAGGACUCUCAACUGGGGAGGGGGUUAUACAGACGAACCGGUGUCCAAGGUACUGUGUCAGGUGGAGGAUGGCUCUGUGGUGCAGCUCGACAGAUGGAACCUUCAGGUGGAGAGAAGCCCCGCCCAGCCGGAGGAGGGCACACAGAAGCUCCCACUGAACGUGUUCAACAACUACUUCAGUCUGGGCUUCGACGCCAACGUCACACUGGAGUUCCACGAAUCCAGAGAAGCCAACCCUGAGAAGUUCAACAGUCGCUUUCGCAACAAGAUGUUCUAUGCAGGGGCUGCGUUCUCCGACUUCCUCCAGAGGAGCUCCAGGGAUCUGUCUAAACACGUCAGAGUGGUGUGUGACGGGACGGAUCUCACUGCUAAGAUCCAGGAGCAGAAGUUCCAGUGCAUCGUCUUCUUAAACAUCCCCAGGUACUGUGCGGGCACCAUGCCGUGGGGGAACACAGGAGACCACCGGGACUUUGAGCCUCAGCGCCAUGACGACGGCUGUAUUGAAGUCAUCGGCUUCACCAUGUCCUCCCUUGCGGCACUGCAGGUAGGAGGUCAUGGUGAGAGGCUGCACCAGUGUAGAGAGGUGACUCUGACCACCUUUAAGACCAUCGCUGUACAGGUGGAUGGAGAGCCGUGUCGCUUGGCCCCCUCAACCCUCCGGAUCUCCCUACGCAACCAGGCCAACAUGGUACAGAAGAGCAAGAGACGCACCUCAGUACCCCUGCUUAAUGAUAUUCAGAAAGUGUGUGCAGCAGACCUGCGCCGCCUUUCUGCUCCCCCUGACUCCUUCUCUGUCCCCCAUGCUGUCCCCGAGCGCCUCCGCCUCAGAGUCAACCGUAUCAGUCUGCAGGACCACGACAGGCUACAGUUCGACAAGGAACGACUCCGAGACAUCUCGAUCGCCGUGGGGAUUGUGGUGGUGAGAGGGGACUGUGACCUGGAGACCUGCAGACUCUACAUAGACAGGCUACAGGAGGAUCUUCAUCAGGCUCCAUCUGCUGGCCACCGAGUGCAUUACCAGGAUGAGUGUCGAGGUCUACCGCGACCUGGCUCCGCCCACAGGCUGUCCCCCAACUGGAGCUUCCUGGACUCUACGUCCGCAGACCGUUUCUACCGCAUAGACAAGGCCCAGGAGCACCUGCACUAUGUGACAGAAAUCUGCCAGGAAGAGGUGUUUAUCCUGGACCACGAUGGACUAGCGGGGGGACCGGCCACAGGCAUGCCUGACCUGGUGGUGGAGCCCAACUCUGGGAGCCCUCUGACGUCUGAGGAACAAGCACUGCUGACGGCUGCCUCCUCUGGGGACCUGACUACGUUGUCGGGCAGCUUCUUUCGCGGGACCAGCCUCCUGGUGAGGGAUUCUACUGGUUGUAGUGCACUACACCUGGCCUCUCAGCACGGACACACUGAAGUGGUCCACUUCAUACUGGAGCAUGGGUCAAAGGUGCUCCUGGAUUUAACCAACAGAGAAACAGGAGAUACUGCCUUGCACAAAGCGGCCUCUCGGAAGCAUCACGCUGUGUGUCGUCUUCUCAUGGACUCCGGAGCUUCCCUCAUCAAGACCAACUUCAAGGGUAAGACCCCAGUAGAGCAAGCUCGUGAUGCGGGGGACCAAGAGCUGGCCUCCUACCUGACCAGCAAACAGCUCCCUACCACUGUCUCCCACGAAGAUCUAGAGAUCCUUUCAUGGGUGUCUACGGCCAAAUGGGUUUCCAUGGCCGAGCAGCUGCACACAUGCCUUAAGAUCACCAUACGGAAUAACAAGCAUUGGCUGGAGUGGUGUAAAGCUCCCCGCCAUUGGACUCUGGAGCAGUGGAGUGAUGAAUCACGCUUCACCAUCUGA